AUGGCUCCUUCACUUGUUGACACCAUUUCCCCCUCUACACAAACAACCAACUCCAGAAUCGCCUUUCCAGAUGGCCUCAAAACAUCCGGCCAGCACCCUCCUGUUUAUAAUGCGGUCCGUUCAUAUCAUGAAUUCCCUAAGAAGAUCGUAGGUCCUACUGUCUGGAAAGCAGCGGACUACCGCGAUAAUCCAGGACGAUGGAUUCAUCAUUUCACUCCGGAAGAAGUGGCUGAGAUAAAUGCUGCGGCGAAUUGGUUUAUUGCUGCUGAUAUACCAUUGACGGGUAUAACCAAGGAUCUCUUCCCCCUCCCCACACUCUCAUCACGAAUGGACAUCCUGCGUAAUGAACUCAUCAAUGGUCAGGGCUUCUGGCUCUUUCGCGGACUACCAGUUCAAGAUUGGGAUUUGCGCAAGUGUGCCACUGCUUAUAUGGGAUUGGGAACUUAUCUCGGUUACUUUGUCAGUCAGAAUGGACGUGGUCAUGUCCUUGGUCACGUCAAAGAUUUAGGUGAAGAUCCGACUAAGACAGACAGAGUACGCAUUUACCGGACCAAUGCACGGCAAUUCUUUCACACCGACGGCUCCGACAUAGUGGGACUUCUCUGUAUCGCUCAAUCUUUCUCCGGUGGAGAAUCAGACAUCGCUUCUACCCACCAUGUCUUCAACGAGCUUCAGAAAUCCCAUCCAGAUGUAGUUAAAACACUCGCCGAGCCAAACUGGUACUUGGACCGAAAAGGCGAAGUUAGCGAGGGCGAAGAACAAUGGAUAAGAGGAAGUAUUUGGUAUCUCGAGAAUGAUCCCAAGAGCCAGCGCGUUUACGCCAAAUUUGACCCGAACAAUGUGACCUCGCUAGCGAGGUUUAAUUCUGGCCCUAAUGCGGUUAUUCCGCCGUUGUCUGAGGAGCAGAAAUAUGCUAUGAAAGUGUUUGAGGAAACGUGUGCCAGAGUUUCUUUGCACAUGAUCCUUGCGCCCGGAGAUAUCCAGUUCGUGAGUAAUGCACAUGUUUUUCAUUCCAGGACAGCAUACCAGGAUCAUCCUCCUGGUGCAGUGGAUGAGCACGGAAAUCCGGUCAAGCGACGUCAUUUGAUGAGGCUCUGGUUGUCGACGCCAGAAUCAGAAGGGGGAUGGAAGUUGCCGUUUCACGAUAGCGAGGAGAAAAAGAGGGGUGGGAUUCAGGUUAACAAUACGCCGCCUGUUUGUCCUUUGGAUGCGGAGUAG